CAGCUUGUACUGCAGCCCUCAGUGGGAAGUUAAAGGAGCGUGCACAGCUCAGAACAAAAUAGAAAAUUUGUCAUUUUGUUCUUGUAGUACAUUGGAAUACUCUACCAUGAACCUGAGCUUGACCUUUGGCCUGUUUCUGCUCCUGAGUCUUUACACUCAUACAGCCAUGGGAGGCAGAGCCCAGCGCAGACGGAGGCAAGCUGAGGAGAGCCUGAGACCAUAUAUUGGCAGAGUAGAGCCAGAAAAGCUUUGUGAGCUGCUAAAAUGCUAUAGUCCAGUGGGAUCUUGGUGCCAAGUAGUUCAGGAAAAUGGAGUCCUUGUCCCAAAGUGUGUUUGUCCUCAGUCCUGUCCAUGGCAGAGGGCGCCAGUGUGCAGCGUUCUAGGAAAGACCUAUGGGAAUGAGUGUUUGCUGCAUAAAGAAGCCUGCAGAAAGAAACGCCACACCGGACUGGCUCAUACAGGACCCUGUCUGGUCCAAAAGGCCAAAUGCACUGAAGAGGAAUUAGGCCAAUUUCCAUAUCGUCUCCUGGACUGGUUUCUGCUUGUGAGUCGAAUGGGGGAGUCCUAUGCACCUGCUGCCCUGGCCCAGAGCUGCCUUAGCCAUGCCCAGAGGACACAACUGGCACAGCAAAGAUUUACCUUACUGGACAAGAAUAAAGACGGCAAAUUGAGCCGCAGGGACCUGAGGAAGCUGCAUUACAAGAGGAUGCCACUGGAGCACUGUGCUACACCUUUCUUUCAGUCAGUCCCACCAGAAGCAGCUAAUGCUCCAUGCAGGGCUGCCUCAGAGAUCAAAUAACAGAAACAAAUUACCUGAAUAUUUGUUCAGUUUAAUCUAAUAUGAAUUAAUCUAGUACUGGCUUGUUUUUAAUAAAAAAAAUUCAGAAGUACAUAAAAUGUAUAUUA